AACGUUUAUUUGAAAUCAUUUGUUGUAAAAUCGGUAAUAUUUUGGUUUUUGCAUAACCAUGGCAUACAAAUACAGAUUGUAAGGUGCAAUUUGUAAUUUUAAUAUAAUUGCAUAGCUACAAUGUCUAUAUCGAUAUCUUUAUCAAAGCGUGCUUCAGAAUCUUCUGAUAGCGCCAGGCGUGAUAAAGCAACUCCUAAAGUUGCUGGCCAAAUAUCGCAACGGUCUAAUAGUAAACUAUCGGUUUUUGGAGCUGAUAGUGAUUCUGACAGUGCUACCUCAGAUGCCGCGGGAGUGCAUCCUUUAGCCAAGAAAAGCAAAUUAUCGCACAAGUCCGUUACUAUUGACGAUGGUGUAGUAAGGCCAACCACUGUAGCGGAAGAAAAGAAGCGUGUAACUGUGACUUACAAAGAAUAUGACCUUUCCACUGAGAAUUUGGAUCCCACCCUUUAUUUAUAUGAUGAGCUGGAAAACAGUACAUCGGAGGGUCGAGAAGGAAGGGAUGAACAAUCUAAAUUACUGUACUUAGGUUGCGCUCCUUCGGGUACUUCCGAUGCAAAACCAGAGUUGGUUAAGAAGGAUUCACAAUACAUGUCUAGACUCAUUCGUACAGCUCGUAACCGACAAAUGGAGCGUGAUAUUGCAUUUGACAAACAACAGUUAAAGAUUGAUCUUGCUGCUGGUGAUGAGGUCGGCGAGGUGUUCGUUACUGGUGCUUACAAACGUCAACUGGAGGAACGGAAGCGAUUUGAGGAGGAACGCCGUCUAAAGGAUGAAGAGGACUUAAAGAACAGUGGCAAAAGUGUGGCCAGUUUAUAUGCACAAAUGCUCAAGUCAGGUAUCGCAAGCAGAACAAACAGGAAAAGCUAAUAUCGCACUGUGUUACAGUAGCUAACAACGGAGAGGGUUUCAAUUAAUAAAUGCUAUUCGUUGGUGCACAUUUACCAACACAUGACCACCCAUCCGUAUUAGCGCCUCUGAUAAACAGUUGAAUUGGCACAACAU